AAUAUUGUCAUUUUUGGAGAAACGGGAGCUGGUAAAAGUUCCUUGGUCAAUUUGAUCACUGGGACGCAAUCGGCGCCGACGUCCUCCGACGCCAUGGGAUGUACCACUAAAACGAACGUGUACAAGCAUGACAUCGUAAGUCAUAACAAGACCUUGAAGGUAAAGCUGUUUGAUACGGCUGGUCUUGAUGAGGGCUCUGAGGGAACGGUCCCCAAUAAGGAAGCUCAGAACUUUUUGAAGAAGCUCCUUCAAACCCUUAUGGAGCAGGACGGCAUUCAUCUCCUCGUGUACUGCGUGCAGGGCACGAGAGAGAGCAGGGCGCUCCACCGGAACUACAUGUCAUUCUAUUCCAAAGUUAAGGAAAAAGUUCCAAUCGUCAUUGUCGUUACGCGUUUGGAAAACCAAGACCCAGACAUGGAGCAAUGGUGGAGGAAAAACGAGCAAUCCAUCUCAAACCUCAAUAUGACCUUCGCUGGCCACGCAUGUGUCACCACAGUGACCAUCGACGAAAAUGACAGUGACAAGCUCAAACGGCGUCGUGAACAGUCA